UCUAGACCUCGAUAAUAAGGGGUUUCUGUUUUAAAAAAAUAGUAUCUUAUUUCAAAAACGCCCAAAUUCCUUUAUUUCUUUUUGUGUGGUAUCACUGAACUGCCUUGCAACACUUAGGCGUCUUAAACAGGUCCUUGUGGACUCCAAGAAAAAUACUUCUAUCCACUAACGAUCGUAUGUCUCGAUUUAAAUCAUCAGUACCCCAUCCAUGUAUCGAUCACCCUUGCCUCAAUGGAGGUACCUGCGUGGACGCGUAUUAUGACUCGCGCGAGGGUAGAGAUGAACACAUUUAUCAUGACAUAGCCUCGUCUUCCGUAAGUUUGGAAUAUUACUGCACCUGCCCACCGGGAUUCAAAGGGUCGCGGUGUGAAAGUAAGUGAGACCGAUAACUGGUAAAAAAGUUUUAUUUUAAAAAGUGAUUACAUUUAAGCAUCAGAUAUGAAAGCAUACGGUCAACUUCUGCGUGAGAAUUGCCGUUCGAGUUUUAGAGGAGAAAAGGUCACGCAGUGGUGAGAGCACUCGCCUCCCGCCCGUGUGGGCCGGGUUCAAACCCUGACGUCGAAGCCAUAAUAAAGUGGGCUACGUUUGUUAUUAAUUCUCUCCCCUGCUCCGAGAGGUCUUUCUCCGGAUUCUCCGGUUUUUCCUUCUCCUAUUAAACCAACAUUUCCAAAUCACAAUUCGAUCUGGAAAGUAAGGAUACGUUUAAAAGAGUCCGCGAGAACUCCUAACCAAAUAGUAACCAAACAAUGGUUGUUUCUUUUCAGUUGAUAUUUGUUCUUUAUGCCAUCCUGAAGCCCUCUGCAUUGAUAGUCAUUGUGUUUGUAGACCUCAUUUUAUCGGAGAUGGGUAUCACUGUAAAAGUAAGUACAACAUUACUAUUUCCCAAACUUUCUAUCAAUCAGUCCAUGAGCUUGCUGUUUUAAUCCUGAACCAAGGCUCUGUUAUCAAAGUAGUAUAGUAGGGACAAAAUUCACCUGCUUUCACGGAAAAGAAUGUCAUCGUUAACGGCACGUCAUUGAUGCUGAUGCAAUCUUAAAUUUGGAAGAGAAUGACGUGAUAACCUUCUCAGUUUUAGGAUUAAAAUGCCCUCAUCUCAUUCCUAACCAACAAUUGCCCAAACUUCUUCACCAUCUUUAUAUAAAUCUAUCUUUGACAAAGUGUAUUAAAAGUGUAGUUGUCUGUACUGCUUGUCCAGCCGUAAUGGCUAAGAAUUUUAAUUUUUUUUGUGUGUGUUUAAUUUGUUUUUGAAUCGAUUUAAAUCGCUUUUUGCCUUUGAAAUUUGAAAAUUCCUCUGCUAAUGAUUACCAUAUUAUACAAUGACCUGUUUAAUGAUUUCUUUCAAAUUGCGUUAUAAUUAUGUUAAUUUAUUGGAAAAAAAAGAAUAGAUUUUGUUCAGUGUUUAAAGAGGUAUGACAGUGACUACUACCUUCCAGUUUGCGUCCGUAUAUAGUGCGAACCUCUGAUAAGGGAUAUGCCGCGAUAAUUGACUUAAUACUCUUAUUGUUAUACAGAUGUAUCCAGCCAUUGCCAUCCAAACCCCUGUUACCACGGUAAUUGUAUUGAAGGUCCUGAUGGAACCUAUGAUUGUGAAUGCCAUCCGGGGUAUUGCGGACCUCAAUGUAAAGGUAUAACUACUUUAGGGACAAUUACUUUUGUUACUAAAUCUUUGUUACUUUUGUUAGACAGAGGAGUUUAGUGGUAUGGAUAUUCCUUACUCCUUUUUGUUUCCAAAUUUGACUGCAUUCCAUUCUGGCAUGCGCAGUGAGUCGUAUUUCAUAUUCAUGACGUAAUCCACAGAUAUCUGCAAACCCUGCUUGAUCUGGCCAUGUUCCAAUGGGGGACGCUGUAUUCCAGUAGGAGAGAAACGUAGAUGUAUAUGUGACCCGCCAUAUGAACCACCAGAUUGCAACGGUAAUUAAACGAAUUGCUUUUGACUCUGUUACAUUAUCAGCAUCAGUAGCUUAGUUUUCAUUCUCUCGCGAACUGAACUCAAAAUUUCUUUUUAAGAAAUUCUGUAAGUAUAGUACGUCCAUGUAAUCGUGCGAUAUGUUAUUGAUAAAGCAACUUGAGUUUAACACAGUAUGGUUUCCUUGUGAUACACUUAGAUACCAUCCAUUUUCAACUGUAUGUAAUCCAUCAGCACCACAUUGUUCUUUGUACAGUGAUCGACAACAACAAAAGUAAUCAUAAACACAAGUCGUGUAUGGCCGAGGGAGAUUCCUGUUUCAUCAUUUUUGAGUCGUUAUUUUUCUUGUGUUUUUCUUUGUUUUUUGUUUGUGGCAUAUAUAAUGUAAUAAGCCUUGUAAGUACCCGGCUAAAAAGGGUUGAUAACGCAUUGUCUGAAUACUCACUAGGCUAUGGAUUAUUAGGGACUAUGGAAGGAUGUGCAUGUGUAGGUAAUAAUACCUGCUUGGUAUUUUAUUGUUUCAGUUACCGAACCAGAUCUGUGCAAUCCGAACCCUUGUAAAAAUGGCGGGAAGUGCAAAAUGCUUCCGGAGAAACAUGAUUAUAUUUGUGAAGACUGUCUUGGAAUGUUUACAGGAAAGGACUGCUCUGGUUAGUAGUUUAUUUAUAUAUUUAUUUUUUGUUUGUCUGUUUACUUGAAGUUGAGAUUUUUCACAAACUACUUUUCCAAAGAAAGUAGGCGAGUUUAAAAUAAAGAAAUAUAGUCAGAAAACUGAACUGGUGACUUCGUCUCGCGCUUGCAUAACUGCGGAAUUCUCCUAACACCCUCUCGUGUUCAUAACAGGCUAUGCCAACACAAAUAACAUUUUCUAUUGCUUAAAUGCUAUCUUUCCUCCAGAAUGCGGUUGUCCUAAAGCAAAACCAGUGGCUGAUGCACAAUACGUAGACUUUAUUUGCGAUCCAGUUGACGGGGGAUGCAAGUGCCCAGAUACAGAGAACGGAAGAUAUACAAGUACAGAGAACGGUUGUCUGCUAGGUGGUAAGUGUUACCACAAAGGAAAGUUAUUGUCAUGAACAAUUUUUGGAUAAAAAUGUGUGACAGCCGCCCCCUCUUCCCCUAGAUUAUUGGUUACUGCCAUCCAGGAGGUAGUCCCGUUCUUCAAGGAAAUAAGGUUUAAUUUCCGAUCAAAAUGAAGAUUACUAAGGUCAAUAAGGACGACUGCCUGCCAGGUGAUGAUAAUGACCCUGUUUAUACACAUCCAAGAGAAACCAAUGAAAAUAGUUUCUGCAGGCAGAUGAAGUUGUCUCAGUGUAGAAUCGAAAUUGGAUAAUGAAGCCAACAAACGGCAUAAGAAAUGCUCGAGCCAGCGAGUUCUCACCAUUCUUGUUUAAACUGCUGAGUCAAAGAAUUACAACUAGCCUGCGUAGCAGGUGUCGAAAAGGGAAGGGGACAGGCUAGGGAGGAAGGGAAAGAAGGGGGAAAAGGAGCACGCAGGCUAAAUCACGACCUAUACCUUUAUUAGACGGAUUUAUUUAAAGUAUGUUCUUUUUUUGUUUCUUAUAUAGCCGCUAAUCCUUGUAGUUCAAAUCCAUGUAAAAGAGGCACAUGCACAGUGCAACCUUCUACUCCACCUGCAUUCAAUCCACCUACAUUCACUUGCGAAAAUUGUCCGCCACCUUACUAUGGCCGGCUAUGUGAUUGUAAGUAUAGUUGUAUAGCCAUAGUCUAUUUAACAAAUCAACAAUUUUCCAUCGUCUGUAGUCUUGUCGACUAUAGAAAUGAAGAAAAAAAAUUUGAACAUUUAGACUUCAUCUCUAAUCUAAGUUUUACAAUAACAGUGACAGUUUUUACGUCCAUUUCUGUUGAAAUUUUACGGAAAAUCGCGCGCCCGCUAGAAAGAGAAAAAAAGAAAUUGCGCCACCAUCACGUCAUUUCCAUGGCUCGCGUUCUUAUAUCGAACCUAGCUCUUGAACAAUCAUCGCCCGAGAAAUCGCUUACUUUAUUGUUAAAUUCUUCGUAGAGUGCAAAAAAUAAUGUCUUUCAUUCAUUUACUCUAAAACUCUAGGUACCACGUGUACUUGCGACAACCCUUGCAAAAAUGGUGCCACUUGUCAGGACACAGGAACCAGACAAUACAAGUGUGUCUGCCCUCCCGGUUACACUGGAGCUGACUGCUCAUGUAAGUAUGAUAAUAUCAAGUAAAGGUACUUAAACAAAUCUAGGACUGUCGUCCUAGAUAGUUAAGUUCAAGCCAGAAGAUUACGCCACAUUUUAAGCAAGGUUGUCUUGUUUAGGAUCAUGUCACUCGAGCUUACAAAAUAUUGUCGUGUCUUUACUUCGAGAUUCAGUGAUGAUAACAUCGAAUUUUCCUCUCUGAGCAAUGACUGAAAGGUAAAUACAAAAUGGAAAAAAAGUCAUGGAUUAGCACCUAUCGGCCUUUCAGGAACCGGGGCCAGGUUCCAAUUAAUUUUAUGAGUUCAUCCCCUUAAUCUUUUAUUCACCUUUUUCAACUUCUUCAACUUUAUUUAUUAAGAAUGAUUUUGACAAUAGACUGGCCCGCAAAAUAGCAAUUGCUAAUUUAGGCAGGUGGAGCGUUGACAGGGAGUGAUAUUUUAAACUUUAAUUCAGUAUUGGGUUUGAUUAAAGUUAUAAAAAGAAAGGAUAUGCAUAAUUUGCAGUGCCUGUGACGAAACCCGAUAAGCAUUGCCUCUAUGCCAAGUGUGAACAUGGAGCCACAUGUGUGGAGCGACCUCACGGAUAUGACUGCAUCUGCCCUCCUCAGUACACUGGACCUCAUUGUGGAAGUAAGUUCCCCUGUAUUUUUGAGACAAUUUCUGUAAAUAAUAAUUAUUUCUGUACUUAACCAGUAUCAUUUUCUUGUCACCAAUGGAAGCCUCUUAAAAUUAAAUAGUUGGCUGGAAAGGAAACUAUAGUAAGAAUUUUGGCCAGGAAGUUAAGAGGGCCAAUUAUAAUAAACUCGAUAAACCCAAGAGCAACAACAAUAGCAGGCAUUUGGAAUUGGUAAAUCGUAAGCAGACUUAAAUUUGUCUAAAUCUUACAAUAAACUAUAUGAGGCAUUUCUUAUAAAUCCCUGUAUAACAAGACAUUUUAUUAAAAUCAGUGUUGAGGAAACUGCAGUCAAAGUUAGUCCUUUAAGUUUUUUUAACGAAAACAGAUGGUCUUCUUUUUCUAAGGAAAGACUGCAUUACUUCCUAAUAUUUUAUUUCAUUCGUAGUUGAUAAAUGUGCUAAUUGUGACAUAAAUGCCGACUGUAUUUAUGGACGAUGUCGCUGCAGAAAAGGGUAUAUUGGUACUGGAUAUGUUUGUGAGAAGAGUAAGUAAAAGCUACUGUAACGUUACAAUUCAUAAGCCCAUCUAGUUCUCUCUAUACGCGAAAUAAUACGUUCGCCGUGCACUACAAUGAUAUGACCAAUCACUUCUAAGUUGUUACUAAAAGAUAUCAUAGAUUAUUGAUAGUGUUGGCCUCUUUGAUGAUUUUGGAAAGUCAGUGACCAAAGAUUAAAAAUCCAGCGUGUUUCUAUUCAUUUGAAUUGUUUUAACAAAUCUAUAUCUUUUUCAUGAAUGCUCGCUGUUUACCUUGUAAUUGAAAUUUGAAAAACAAGUUAUAGUCUCUAAAGGUAUAAGAUUUGCUAGUAUAGUAGCUUUCGACUGUAUCCUGCAUAUCAGCGUCCAACCCCAAAUAGAGAUGGGGUCCCCGCGAUCUUUAAUCAUUUUUGUCACGUGACUAAUUCAUGCUACAACAUUAGAGAAAAAAUUAAGACCUCUUGAGACUAGAAUAUAUUUUUUGAAAUUUAAAUUUAUUGUUUUUUCUUCUUUUUAAUUUGGAAAAGAGUCAAAAUGUGGUAUUUGUCCUGUUCAUCAUCAUUGUGUAGAAGGAGUCUGUGUAUGCAUGCCUGGAUUCGUUUGUCAAGGUAAUUAUAAUACCCAGGGAGUCACCCAAAAGCAUCAAAAAUCAUUUAAAAAUAUCUUAAGUUUCUCUGUUUCUGUCCAGAGGUACAGUCGCAGCGUAGGUCAACCACAUCAGACAAAUAACGGAGAAUACGUACAUGUAUUUAAUCGGUCCAAAUCACCAAUUUUGUAAUCACUGAAUGACAAUUAACGCAACACCUUAUGAUAAAUACCAGUGAAAAAUACCGUUUAUGAAUGGUGACUUAUGUCUUAUUAAAGAAGAACCUGAGUGUGGUACUUUAUUUGUCCAGUUCAUUAUCGCUGUGUAAAAGGAGUCUGCGAAUGCAUGCCCGGAUUCGUUUGUCAAAAAAAGAAAGUAAUAUAAGUUUUAUCAUUAUUCUUUCUUCAUACUUAAGGAGUCCCGGUAAGAACUCUGUGACCUUAAAUCGCGCAUUCCCUAAUAAAAUUCAUCAUCAGGAUGGAUAACAAUCCAGCACAUCACCAAUUUUGCCAUCACUGAAUGAUGAUUUUCAACACAGCAGCUUAAGAUAAAUAAGUAAAUAAUACGCGGAAAAUAACGAUUGUGAAUGGUUUCUUUUAUUUCGUUGUUUUAAUCAAGAAGAAGAAGAACCUGAGUGUGGUAUUUGUCCUGUUCAUCAUCGCUGUGUAAAAGGAGUCUGUGUAUGCAUGCCUGGAUUCGUUUGUCAAGGUAAUAAUUAUACUCAGGGAGUCACCCAAAGCAUCAAAAAUCAUUAAAAAUAUCUUAAGUUUCUCUGUUUCUGUCCAGAUGUACAGUCGCAGCGUAGGUCAACCACAUCAGACGAAUAACCGAAAAUACGUACAUGUAUUUAAUCGGUCGACAUCACCAAUUUUGUAAUCACUGAAUGACAAUUAACGCAACACCUUAUGAUAAAUACCAGUCGGAAAAAUACCGUUUAUGAAUGGUGAAUUAUGUCUUAUUAAAGAAGAACCUGAGUGUAGUACGUAUUUGUCCAGUUCAUCAUCGCUGUGUAAAAGGAGUCUGCGAAUGCAUGCCCGGAUUCGUUUUUCAAAAUAACAAAGUAAUAUAAGUUUUAUCAUUAUUCUUUCUUCAUACUUAAGGAGUCCCGGUAAGAACUUUGUGACCUUAAAUCGCGCAUUCCCUAAUAAAAUUCAUCAUCAGGAUGGAUAACAAUCCUUCACAUCACCAAUUUUGCCAUCACUGAAUGAUGAUUUACAACACAACAGCUUAAGAUAGAUAAGUAAUUAUUACACGGUAAAUAACGAUUAUGAAUGGUUUCUUUUAUUUCGUUGUUUUAAUCAAGAAGAAGAAGAACCUGAGUGUGGUAUUUGUCCAGUUCAUCAUCGCUGUGUACAAGGCAGAUGCGUCUGUAUUCCCGGGUACCUUUGUUGAGGUAAGCUGAGGUAACAACAACAAAUAAUAAUAAUAAUAAUAAAAAUAACCAUGAUCAUCAUCAUCACCAUCAUCGUCAUCGUCAUCGUCAUCGCCAACGUCGUCGUCAUCAUCAUCAUCACCGUAAUCAUAAUAACAAUGAUAAUAAUCGCAACCUAAAAAAUGUAGGAAUUGCGGUCUUUUUUGCAAUCGUUAGUAUAAUGUUUUGGUUUGAUUUCAGAUUUGCAACAUCGACAGAAGAGAAAAAGACGCUGUAAUAAUAGUCUUCAGACGUUUUCACUGACCUCAGUGACGUGAUGUUAAUAUGUUUACAUUACUCUUCUCUAUAGAUAAAGGAUACGGAUUGUAAGAUAUUGUUUAAUAUACCAUCCAGUUUAAAAGGGAUCCUUCAAUGUUCUUGGAUUAGAGAAAUUCUAAGCCGAUGCUUAACUAGUCGACAUCAUAAAAGUUAUUGUCAUUUUAUAUUUCUUUGCAAAUUUUGAAAGCUUCGAAAGCAUGUAACCCUUGUUCUAUUAAUUGUCCAGUAAUUAAUAGUCUGAUUUUUCAGUCGCAAAAUUGUCUCAUGUUGCUAGGAAUGCUAUAUCCAGGGCCAGUUUCAAGAUACUGGUGACAUGAGCAACAACCCUAACCCUAUCUUAUCAAGCCACUGUCGGUUGUCACCAAACCCUGUCGAAGCGGAAUGCUCUACAUGGCCAGUCUAUGCUGCCUUUAUGUCGAGUGUUUGAGUUAAAGUUCAAUAAAUAAUACCAUCUAGGGAACAUGGUAUUUAUUAAGUAUUUAUAUCGAUAUUGAAAGUUUGAGUUUUUAUCUCAGGGGUAAAGAAUUUUAUAAAAGACAGACAUAAGGUGAACUACAGUAAAACCACGAUACAAUAAAAUAUACUAAAUAAAAUAUGAUCGUAAUAAAAUAAGGCAAACUGAGGUAAAGAGCAAAUAAUAAAUAAAGGCUUUUUUAAAAAAAUAUUUUUGAGUACUCCUUUUCCUGCUUUGUUUUGUGUUUAAUUCGAACUGAGAACUACGUUAUUUCUUUGUAGAAAGAAAAAAAAAUUGCUAUUUAAUAACGUUAAAUCAAAGUUUUUUAGUUGGACCCGGCGGUUACUCAAAAAAGUUUCAAAAGGGAAGGCGCCGCCUCGGGGUCCAAUCCCUUGUUUUUUUAUAUACCAUUUUUAACACAACAACAACAAGAAGCUUUAUUUGCAUGACCAUACAUGUACAUAUAGUAUUGCAAAAGCUACUUAAAGAGAAAAAACAGAAAAACUAAAAUUUCAUCUUAUUGCAAUUAAUUUACUUUGCUAACAAUUUUUCACACAGUUGUUCCCCCUUCCUGCACCUUCUGUUGACAAAAUGGUACCCCUUUCACAUACGAGGUGUAGACCUUUACGUUCUCCAAACUGCUGUUAAUGCACUGUUUUGAAAUAUGAGCUAAUAUGAAUAAAUGACAAAACCAGGUUUAUUCUCGUCUUUUUCACAGCCAUAAAUUGCAUCUGUUAUAAGCCCUUUAGGGAUUUUUUAUAGACCGAAAUUUAUUUCUAACAGUGAAAUCCCGCCCCUUUAUCACCUGGGCCGGGUUGUUCAAAGUUAGUUUAAGAUAACCCAGGGUUAGUGGGAAUUUUGAAAUGAGAUAUGAGAGCUUAAGAAGCAAAUUCAGUUUAAUUCUCUUUGCCGACAAUUUGAUGAUUGGAUACUCUAAAAAAAUUAGAGAAAAUUAUCCGAGAGAGUGCUUUUCAUAAAAAGAUAAAGCAUUCCGGGUUAAAAUUUAAGCCCGGGUUAGCGCUAACCGGCGUUCGAACAACUGGGCCCAGAAGCCUGAAAAAGUACCUCAAUAGGGCGGAUUCUCCAUGUACAUGGAGAAACUGAUCGGGCGUUGCAUGAUAGUUCCUUGAAAGGAACUGCGCAGCAAAGAAAGGUGCAGGUCGACAAUUAUUUAGACCCGUUAUAGUUAAGCUGGUGUAAACUGUUCGUUUGUUAAUUCUUUAAAAAGUAAGCAAUACCGUAGACGACCGUCGCAGGACCCUCGCUGGGAAGUAAAAUUUAAUCUCAAUGAAGCUAGACCGUAGAACAGGAACAAAAAAUCAACUAAAACAAAAUCAUUUCAUCUGUAAUCAGUUCAUGAUCUUAGAGAAAGAAAAUAACCUUGAUCCACCUACACUUGGGCGUGUCACUUUUAGCCAUUUAUUAUUUAUAUAAUAAGCGACUUUACAAGUUUUUGUUUUCCAUGCAGGUGACUGAAUUUUUGUUAGUAUAUUAAAAUGCCAAGAGACAAGAACUUAAUAUGGCCAUGAUAUGAAGAGAGCAUAUCGCCUCUGUGUUUCAUGUAGAAGAUUUUUUUAGCUGCGCUUAGAUCCUUUAAGCAGUGGUGUAAAAAUUCAACGUCGAAAUGAUCGCCCCCGGUUCUCUGUUAAGGCUUGUUGCUUUGAUAUUUGUUAUUAUUAUUGACGGUAUCGUGCACGCGAGACAUUUAAAGGUGCAUUCUAAAGAUACACAUUCAAGCGGACGAAAGAAGACACAAUUGGAAGGUGCUAACACAACUUCUCAAUGCUCUAACUCGACUGCCCAUGAAAAUUCGUGUAUCCCUGUUCAUAUUCCUGUUCCUGUGCCCGUACAAACUCCCGAUGUAAACGAACUGCACGUCUACAUCCAUGAUGGUAGGUCAUUAAAGGUACGAUAUAACUUAUAACGAAAACAAGAGGUAGUGUGAUAGAGUGCUUCCAACAUAUAUGAACAGUCCUCCUUUGUACUCUAAAUUUCUUUUCUUAUGUCACCUUUAAUGUGCACGUCGUGUUUUAUUAUGCGUUUAUUUUGCCACGGAACUUAAAUAGUUGCAAACUGCCUGCUUCAUCUGCAUUUAAACGAAAUGACUCAUUUCUCAUAUGACCUGAAGAUCGAAAUGCAGCAGACUAACAUUUUUCCUUGAAAUAUUAUUUGCAAUAAAUAUUAUUUUCAGUACUAAGUUAUGAUAAAAGAUGUUUUGUCUUUAGCCUCAGACAAAGAAGGUGCUAACAUCUCUUUGUCUAAAUACAACUACCUAUAAAUUAAGAUUUCUGUUGACUUAUUUAAAGGACAAUGAUUAGAAGCGUUUACCAAAGACCUAAAAUCAAGCGUGUAAAGAAAAAGAAUGUAUUCAGAAAUUUGAUUUCAAAUUGUUUUCUAGGUGAGAGUUAUUAUUUUAUUAUAUGAAGUUUUUCGUCCUCGACUUAUUUAAAUGUCAGUCGUCGAGGAACCAGUUUUACCACCCACUGAAAUAGAAUGGGUUGAAUUUACAAAGCAGGUAAAAAGUUCAGGAAAAAAGGUUCGAAUAAAAAAGUUUCUUACUCAAUUUAAGUAUCUGAUAUAGAAAUUGGAAUUGAGAAUUCACAUUCAGGAAAUGUCUGAUAAAGAAAAAAAAUCCAGUUGGUGUAAAAAGUAACCGAAAUUUUUGUUCCGCUCACUCAGAAAGUACGAGGUGAUGUCAAGUACUAUACCUUUAUAAGGCAUAUGCCCCAGGGGGAAGGGGCGGGGAGAUUCCCAUAAAACUAAAGGACCUCUUGACACUAUUGUCUAUAUAUUGAGGUUAGAGAAUUGGAAAUGACUUUUGCCUUCAGGAAAACCUUGCUUCUUUUAUUAAGGAAAACUUACUAUCAUUGCUUUUUUUGUUUAAGGUAAUCACUGCAAGAACGGAGGCAUCAUGACAAAACACAAGAACCACAUGUUCAAGUGUUUGUGUCCUCCCAAAUAUGGCGGACCUCUCUGUGAAGGUGCGACAAGAAUUGUAAGCUGUAACAACCUUUUUUCAUUUAUUCUGGGCAAUACAAAACCAAUUUUUAGGCGACAAUUUUCUCAGAAAAUGAUAUAUUUCUUUUAUAUAUAUUUCUUUGGUAGACAAUUCAAGAGGCCAUAAAAGUUAUGUUCACACCACGUUCGCUAAUCUAAUUUUCCAGAAAUGAACAACAUUUGAACAGAUAUAUUAAGAUCAAUAACGACGAGGCGACAGGUUCAAGUCGUCACAGAGGAGCGUGCACAUCUGCCAACUGUGAAUAUAUCACACAUUGACGUUUUUCAGCAAUUAGGAUUUUUCAGCAAUUAGUUCGAGCCAUUUUUUUUGAGAUGUGAAAUUGAUUCCAUUAUGCCGUAAAAGGUCAUCCCGUUUUUUUUCGCUUCAAGUAAAUCUUUGCAUGAUGUCAUUGUUUAUGCUGGAUGAUAUCCUGGGCAGGGAGGGAAUCUCUCUCGAUAUCUAAUUUUUCUCCAUUAACCUGCGAUCAUGGUCGGUCCUUAGAUUUUCCCAUUUUCUUUGGGAGGCCUGAUCGCAGACUAUUUCUAUAUUUGCUACGUCAAACGUAAAUAACAAUCGUUUUCAUUGUCUCAUCGAGCGCCAUAUACUGAUACGAUAAUUUAUAAACAGAAAAGGAACAAACAUUGUAUAUCUCCUCUCCUACAAAUUGGGAAAGACGCCGGGAAGUCUCCAGGCAUCGCAUUUCGCAAUUUUGUCUACUUAUGGAUAUCUAUUCGACUUUGGGCAUUUUGUGGGUUAGGGUGAGGGUUGAAAACUAUGGCAAAAGCUCAAUAAAUUUAUACAAACGGUAGAAUGUGCAGUCAUAGUUAUUGGUGCAAUCCAACUAACUAAGCGAAUGCAAAUUAUUUUUUGACACUGGUGCGAAACAACUUAUUGAAUAACAAAAGAAUAACAAAGCAGCACAUAUGUUAGAUGCAUAUUCUUUUGAAAAACACACAUUUUAAGCUAGUUCAAAAUGAAGGUUUACACAAAUUAGGCUGAGUACCUGCUUAGGGCCUGUUUACAUGGAGUGGGGGACCCCGGUCUAGUGGGGUUGGCUUCUUUUGUUUUCACGCUCUGGGGGACACAAAACAAAAGAAACCUACCCCACUAGACCGGGGUCCCCCACUCCAUGCAAACAGGCCCUUAGUUUUGAUGGUAGAAAGAAUAGGGUGAAAACCUUCUUCCCACGCUCCGUGUAAAAACCCAACAUUAGAAACAUUAUCACCUUCCAUACGUCAGCACCUUUGUCUCUGAGAGUUCAAAGCCCGACUUUCACGGUGUAUUGUGAUUUUUGCUUCCACUAUUUACGUGCCGUGAUUUGUUGGGGGCUGAAGAGGAAUAUUCCAUUUUUUUUUUCUCGACUUGAGACUCUAAAGAGUUGACCAUGUGAACUACUUCCUUGAAUCCUGAUUUUCUUGGUGAAUCGAAUUAUAUGUAACUUUGCAAGAAUAGUAUAAAGUUGAGCGCUGCAGUUGGUCUCGUAAAGUGAAGUUAUAAACAGCCCAGCAAUUUACUUACAGUAGUCGGCGUUAAACGAAUUUCACGUAUAGAAAGGCUAGAAAUUGAACUUAUUUGAAACUGGCUAGUUCCACUUCCGCAGAACUUCCGCUAAAUCGGAAAAACGUAUUGCAUUUUUCAUGUAAAAUUUGGACAAAUUUUUAUCGUUCGUGUAAUCCAACAAAAAUUGUCGAAAAGAAUUCUCACACCAAAAUUGCUUAAGCAGCGAGCGCAGUCCAGAACACGUGUAACACUCUAAGUAGUCAGAAUAAUGUUCAAAUUAGACAUCUUGGAUUCUCACUUAAACAUUUGCAAGCCUACAUAAGUUAAGCCUUACUGAAAGAUGUACCAGCGCAUCAUAUGGUAAUUGCACAAGUUUGAAGUCUGCGUAGGGGGAGGGGAAUUCUCAUUGUAGAGUCAAAUGUCAUAAAUGACUGAAAAAUGAGAGGGAGCAAGCCCAAGUUUUCGUUACUGAGAGAUAUCUGUAUCUUAAAGCUUGUCAGGAUUGAGCAGUAGAUUUUUGACGCAAUGACUGAAUCCUCUACGAAUUUAAGCUGGAAAAUUGAUGAAAUGCCAAUAAUAAUAACAAAAUAUAUGUAUGGUUUUAACAUUAGUGUCCAUUAAAAUAAUUUUCAAUUAUUGUGUUCUUCUUUGGUGCAAUUACUUCUUUCAGAUACAUUAUUUUGCUACUAUAAUCCGUGUAAAAAUGGAGGCACGUGUGAGGAACACGGAAUAGGUUAUAAAUGCAGAUGUACACCAGGGUUUGAGGGACAAACUUGCGAAGGUGAGGACAUCUCUUCCAUUUAUAGCUUUGUAAGAGUAUUCACAUUUCAUCGAAAUCAUAUUUAUAAGUUUGUUUAUUGUGAAUAGGUCUCGCAACAUCUAUGGUUAGUGCAAGAAUAAUUACAUUUAUUUACUUCUUAGAAAUCGACCAAAUGAUGAUUUGUCUAUUUCUUUUUCUAUCACAGUUUUCCUUUCAUCGUAGAUCACAUGUCAAACAACAUUUCGCCAUCAAUACUAUUUGAAACAUGCAUGUCUUUUGUCAAAAUGUUGGUGUCUUGUGUAAUGAUGCGUUUGUUCAUUCAACAGAACGGAAUUUUUGCAAGCCUAACCCUUGCUGCAUCCAUGCUAAAUGUGUAGAGACUCAUGACAGUUUUAAGUGCAUCUGUGAAGAGGGUUAUAAAGGAGAGAAAUGUAAAGGUAAAGAUAUACUGUUUCAUAAAUAGAAAACAGUUGAAUCCACGAUUUCUGCUAUCAUCUUGACCACAGUCACCAUCAUCAUCAUCAUCAUCAUCAUCAUCAUCAUCGUCGUCGUCGUCGUCAUUAAAAUCAUCUUCAACGGAAUAUUUAAGGAAGGGUUCUACAUUCUGCUCAGUUUCUGGCAUCUUGAGAGAGUUCUUGUAGAAAUGACCUGAUUUGCUUUUCAGGCGGCCAUCCUUUCCUAAUCAUUACCUGAGAUGGCUCGCAAGGAUUUCAUUUAUGUUUGCUGCUUUCUUUUUGUCCACACGAUGUACGUUUGUAAUUGUCCUAUCACAUUUCUUUUGCUGCAAGAUGACUGUUUGCUGGACAGGCUUUACCCCUUUUUUUCAGUUAUUAUUUUUUUUAAUUUGGCCUUUUGACCUUUGUUCCAUUACUAUCCUGUAACAUCAAGGGUGGCGAAAGUGUUUCGUUUCAAUCUUAUAUGCCUGGAUAUAUGAUAAAGGUUAAGUUACAAAAUAAUGCUGGCUGAAAAGAAUGUAUCUAAGAAAACCCAAACUUCAUGUAAAUCGUUAUGGGCGUUUAUUACGGCUUGUACAAUUCUUAUACUGUAGGCCCUGAUGAAACACUCUGAAAAAAUGUCUGUACAAUUUCUUUCAGAUAUUGAUCCAUGCCACCCAAAUCCCUGUCAAAACGAUGGAAUAUGUAAAGACGUACAAGGGAAAGUCCAGUGUGAAUGCAAACCUCCUCAUAAGGGAACAUUCUGCACAGGUCAGUUUCUCGUCACAUUAGCGUGGGAUGCCUCCUAUGGUCUAUCUAGCCUAAAUACCAGUACUUGAAGCCAUCUUUUGGUUAAAUUUUGUACAAAAUCGCAAGAUUUGCAUAGCUUCAUAGGGCAAGGGAAUGACUGUAUCAAUUCACUAAAAGUUGAUUACCAUAUUUCAAGUCUCACGAGUUAUGAAAUACAGUCAUGUCCAACUAUUUGCAAGGAUUCUUGAGGCGGACUUGAAAAUAUAAGGACGUUUUCGAAAUACCUCAAACUAGUAACUUAAUGCUCGGGUCGGACGAAUUUAUGGGCAGGUGCAGCUGUAGUCUGAGUGUUUUGCUAUCAUGCAAACAGAAAUUUGCGCCACUGCAAAGAAAGUAUUCUUAAAGUUGGCAUAAAAUGGUAUCUUAAAUAUUUGUCUAUUAUCAUUGCCUCAACAAUAUAAUAUAGGGACAGUCAAUCGAUAAUUCAAGCCUUUAAUGAAAAAGAUAUAGUAUACAAAUUUGUAGUACUGAUUAAAUUAAGACUGAAUCCAUCAGGAAAUUGAGUAAUUUUGAUUUUAAAUGGACAAAAACCUUGUACCAGAAUACUUUAAAGCGCAUUGCAUUCUCUUUUACAUAUUUCAAGGGCUAUAGAUGUAGUCAUGUGUAAUAACACUAAAGAAAAUUUCUUAUGGGGACCCGAGAAAAUAAAUGUCAAAUUUAACAAAAUAACAGCUUGCACAUGAAAUUUUCAGAAUUUUACCUGUGUUUUCACAAUCGUAAUGAAAUUUGGCAUUCAUUUUCUCUGGCUCCCAUAAGGAAUUUUCUUUGGUGUUAUUAUAGGUACCUAAUUACAUCUCUAACCCUUGAAAAAUGCAAAAAAAAUAAUGCAAUAUUCUUUAAAUUAUUCUGGUACAAGGCUUUUGUCCACUGAAAAUUAAAAUUACUCAAUUUUCUGGUGGAUUCCGUCUUAAUUUUCUGUAUCCCUUAUUUUUCACAAGAGACACUUGUAUGCUAUCAUAACCCUUGUCAUCAUGGUGGUACUUGCGUGGAGAAUCCACUGGCACCUUGUGUCUGCCCAAAUGGAUAUAUCGGCCCGCACUGUGAAGGUAACAUCUUAGGCCAAAUGUUCCUUUGAAGCAACACCAAAGACCCGAAAGUAAAUAAAAUCUUGUAUCCAAUUCAUUUGUGUCUCCUUACAGGUGCGUACGCCUAUAAAAUAGCCAGGUACAGUUGAAUCUCGAUUAUCCGGACUCGUUGGGACUUCAGUAAUAAAUAGUCCGGAUAAUCGAAAAUAUGAAUCAAGUUAAUGAGACAGUAGGGAGUUUAAGCAAAUCGCUACGGCGACCGGAAGUAAAAAAGCCCCGAAAUGACGCAGUGCGCAUGCUUGGAAAUGACCUUUCGCCGAAGCGCCAAAUCCUACGACGUGAAGAGCUGUCUCCUGGCGUAGUCGCUAUUACGUGAGUAUAAAAGUCGACUCUUCUCCUAUUUUUUACGAUCACUGGUUUUAAAAGCUAUCAUAGAUUGUUUUUCACUUUAUCAAGAAAGUAUUCGAGGCUUCUGGUUUUCCAGUGAAUACGUUUUCCUUGCGUUUUCUCAGUUUGAGAUUUCGAUCCUCAAGCGAGUGUGCCAUGAGUUCUACGCCGCGCCAUGGCCGCAGAAAAUCCGCCAGUACAAACAAAGGCUAGACGAAAACCGUAAGCACGACUGUUAGCAAUAGAGCUAAAUGUCACUGAGGGUUGUUUAAACAAGAAUAGAAUAGAAUAUCUAAAACGCUGAAUUUGUUGAUUUGUUGUUAAAUGCGGUACAGAAGAAGAAACAUCACUAGCAGCUUACUCCGAUCUUCAUCCGUAGUUUUCUGUUUUGUGUACGAAUCGCCCUCUGAUGAUGUUUACUAUCAAUAUUGUUCUUGGCAAACGAAAUUUUUAAAUUGGCCGAUUUCUUACUUGACCACCAUUGAAUUCUGUUGUUGAUAAAUUAUAGUGAAAUUGGCGAGGACACCCCAGGACACCGCAUCCACGACCGCCGUAGCAGAGGUCGCUGUAGCGAUUUGCUUAAACUCCCUAACAAUAAGACGGGGUGCGGCUGUAUGCGCAAGCUAUAUUUAGUUAAAAUGCUUGAAUAUAUAGAGUGAAACCAAACUCUAAACGAAGUACGCACAAGUCCUGUGCGAUAAAAAGGGUAGAAACAAGAACAAAUAUGAGUUUCGAUCAAAGUAAACUUGCCGGCUCGAAAAAUAUCAUCCUCAAUACAUGUGGAGAAACAUGUAACGUGGUCAGUAAGGCUCACUGGCGCAGAGACAACAUCAUCUCACUUAGAAAUCAAAAUCAUUUUGGUGCGUAUACAAAUGGACUAUCAUUUUUGCUAAAACAAUUUAUAAAAUGCCAGUAUUGAACCAACGAAACCGUCCGUUUUUUUUUAAUUUACAAAGGUGCUACUUUUAAUGAAGAAACGCAUCAAAAAAACGCAUUAAAGUUACGUAUUAACCUAGGAAAUGCCCUAUACCCGAGAUACUUUAAUUUUACCAUAAAGUCAUAUGACGUCACAGUUUGAUUUCAUUAUAUCACUAAUGGUGGCCUGCUUUGCUUUAGAUCACGUGUGUCACCCGAACCCGUGCGUCAACGGAGGGAGUUGUCAGGUUGAAAACAACACUGGGCACCAAAGAUGGACUUUCAAAUGCGAAUGUCCACGAGGGUUUAUUGGAAAACUGUGCCACAGUAUGUAACAUAACAAGCAUUUCUAAGGAUUUUAGGGUUCGGUCUUCCCCUCUCUCCUCAGAAACGCUUGAUCGCCGAUAAGUACCAAACUGAUUCUACAAGAAGAACUUAAUGUUAACAUCGAUGAUUGAAUUUUUUCAAUUUUGAUGAAUAUUCCCCGUGAGGUUUUCUUAGAUAGUGUCAUUUGUUAUAACAGACAUAUUUAUUGCAAUCAGUAUCAACAAGAUUGAACUACCAGGAUAAACACAUUCUUUUCCUGAAGGUUAUCUAUAGCUAUUAACACUAAAGAGACAGGCUAUCUUUUAUCGGGGUACAUGGACAGUAGGUCGAGAGAAUCUAUUCUGUGAUGACGAGGAUGCUAAGACAGGCAUGCAUGUUUAUAAGAAGCUAAAAUAUUCUCAUAUUUCUAUUCGCAGUUCCGCAUCCAUGUUUAGACGUUGUUUGUUUAAAUGGUGGAACCUGCUUUGACGGACAAACUACACAAGAUGUAGCUACAGACUUAGAACUGACUUCUCGACCCUUGAUGAAUGCUGUCUGCCACUGUUUGCCUGGCUUUACAGGGAAGAGAUGCGAAAGUAUGUAAACUGCAUCUGGAAUGUCUUGCUUGUUUUGGAAUCGUUCCUGAAAUUGGGAUAAGUGGGUUGUAUGUAUCACUGCAUGAAUAGGGCAGAAAAUUUCCGCAAAAAGUUGUGAAUAACGUCAGGAGCCAAUUGGAGGCUGCCAAUGGUAAAACAACUGCAAACAGGAAGUAUAUUGGUAAACUUUGAUGGGUUGAAGAAGAGAGAAAGCAUUAACAAUCGAAUUGAUGGUUUUCCUGUGGUGCAAAGGUAUUUGCUCACUUUUUUACUUAAGGGACAUGUCCGCUUACAACAGUUUCUAACAGUAUUGCCUUCACGUAGAAUCUUUCUUUUUUAAUGGUAGUCCCUUUGAGUCGCGGUAUUUUACGAGAGGUUGCCGCACAUGAAAGCCUGUGUUCAGCCUCCCCGUUACCUAUAGUUUGAGGGGGGAGGCGGCUGUAUACGUACAUGCUAGAGGGAUAAGGUCGUAUUGUCUACAUGUAACCUGCGAUCAGGUGUAGUUUUAGAGAUAUAGGGAGGGUAUGAUCGAAGGCUAAUUCACAUGUUAGCGUAAUAAAUGUAUAUUUGGUUCUUUCGCUUUUUUAGCCAAAAUAUGUGACAUGUGCCACAUUAACGCUACCUGCAUCAAUAACCGUUGUGUAUGCAACGCCGGCUUCAUUGGAAAUGGAUUUCAAUGUGAUGGUAAGCAGAGUAUUAUACACAGUGUGAAGAGUACAUUUUUUCAAGGUAACACGGUAGAAUGGCCCACUGCUUUGAAGGCAAAUUAGACUUCGAGAUUUUGUUUCUGUUACCGUAAGGUGAAGGUGUCGUCUUCUCACGAAUGUUAACGUGCUAAGGUCAAAAAUUAACUGAAGUUAUUUGAGUAACAGUUGGCAAGUCUCAAUUGUGCACCCAUAUUCUUGCUACUGAUGGAUUUUCUACCUCCCCUUUAUCAGCUGAUUAGCUGAUUUCUUAUAUAUUUUAUGUCUUCUGUGUUUACUCAUUUCAGAAAUCGACGACCCAUGUAAGCCAAAUCCUUGUAAGAAUCUGGGAGUUUGUACUUUGGGACCUGACAGAUCUUACACAUGUGAAUGUAACAAGGGAUAUUGUGGGCCACACUGUGAAUGUGAGUUAAAAAUUUAUUUUUAAAUACAUUUCAUACGUUCGUUUUAUACAUUGUAAACUAAUCGUCUUUAUCGGUUAAUUGGAUGAGUCCUUUAGUUUUUUGUGAGAACGUUGUGCCACGAUUUUUCUCACGUUCAACGAUAGCGCACAACAAUGUCGCUGGGUGGUAAAUGCAUUGAUCUAAGAAAAGGAAAUUCACCUUGGAGGGAAAAUAAGGACAGUUGUAUUACAUUUUAUGAAAUCUUUAACUACAGAAUGGCAAGUUUUUUUCCAUAUAAAGUUGACAUAUUUAACUUCUCUUUUCUCUUUGCUUGUCGAUGUGGCAUUUUUUAACAGCAUUAUGCGAUCCUUGUGUGAGCAAUCCCUGCCAAAACAAUGGAACAUGCACACCACAUGGCAAUUCCUAUGUUUGCACGUGUUCACCAGGUUUCACAGGAGUUAACUGUGAGCGUAAGUACACCAGCAUCGUUGUGGCGUGCCCAUAAAACGUUUUUUACUAUAAUAGGUUUUAUGGGCCGUUACGUGUCUAAGAUGUUCUCAUCGUACCAGCUAGACAAAUUUAUACAAAUUCAGAAGCAGUUUGAGGCUACAUUUACACUAUACUGGAUAUAGCUUUAAAAAAAAAUACUCCUACCUAACUAUGAACACCUGUUCACACUGCAACGAGGAGUGUGACAGAAACCUAUUCAAUAUGUGUUGAUAUAAUUUCAAGACCAGCACGGCGCAACAGGAAUUCUUUUCUUCUUUUACAGAGACCUCUCCGAAAUGACCCUUCUUACCUGUGAACAAAAGUCUUUGCGAGAUGGCUUUUGUCCUGGAGUACGAGCUAUCCAUGGAUAGACAUUUUUUAGCCUAAUAAAUUAUUGGAGAACUGAAAGUGCAUAGCUACUUGUAUAAUGCUUUUCAUUAUUCCUAUUUUUUUUUAACAGUAGUUAUAAUUUGGGUAAUUCAACCAGUAAAGCUCAGAAAUAAAAUUUUUGAUUUUCACACACUUCAGUUUCUAUGAGUUACUUCAUUUUGAUGUGUAAACUUGACUAAUUAUUGUUCUUUCAGUUACUUUAGCAAAUCCGUGUGAUUCACAGCCUUGUUUGAAUGGAGGAACGUGUGAGAAUGAUAUAGCCAAGAAUGAUUACCGCUGUUCCUGCAAAGGAAAAUUCACGGGAAAAAAUUGUCAAGGUAUUUGACUCAUUACAGUCUUUAUGGUGUAUACAUAAGGUUGCCUUUCUUAAAAAAAAAAGAACCUUCAAUUAAUCACUUCACCAAUAGUAGUAUAGUCUGGACCGGUUAGUCCGUUUUUUGGGGCAGGAAUCAUGUUAUUGACAGCAGGAACACAUUAGCCCCGAUAACGUCAUAGCCUUUCUCUUGAUUUCACAGAUAAAAUGCGGCAGAAUGAAGUAAGGGUUCAGUCAUGUUUAGGUUGGUUUGACGGCUGGGAAGGCUUCAAGAUCUAUGAUGCCAAAGUUUAUUUAAAGUUGUCAGCGCUUGUCCUUACUUGGUCAUCGUGUCAGUUGUGGUAAAUUCACUGAAUCGUAACGUCAUUACGCAUGUAAUGUUCUCCAUCUGCCGUUCUCGCCGUUUCGUUGUCCAGUGGAGACAACGAAUUGUUCCAGUUUUGGUUCAUUGAUUCUUCGCGCCAAAAUCGGGGAUAUUAAUUUUGGCGAGGGCAAACUAUUGUGGCUCAUUCUAGUGACUUAGCAUAAUUUUCACUUACUUAAUUAGUUACAAUAGAUUGGGGAUGAAAAACGUUACUAUUUAGAAAUAAAAGGCAUAUUGACGUAAAAUGUUGUUUUUAGAGUGCAGCUGUCUUCAAGCUACUGCUCCUACCGGAGAACCUUUGGUUGCAAAAUGUGACCUCGAAGGAGAAUGUUACUGUCAGUUUUUUCAAGGUCGAUAUCCCGUCUACUCGGCAGAUAAAGGUUGUCAGCUUGGAGGUAAGAUUUGUAAGCUUCUAGUCACUCGACAACGAUCCACUACAUGGCAAUCCUUUUUUAUCAAACCGUUGAGAUGGUAUUUUAAUGAACUUUAUGAAAAUGCGCUUGAUCUAGCUCGUGACGACGAGACCUGGUAUAUCGAGAGACUGUAAAACAGGUUUGGUGCCCUACGUAGACCAAAGGAGUCCACACUAUACGCUGUGGCGAGCGAAUACAGUCAGCUCUUUCUUAGAAGGGUUCUUGUAAUGAGGGCAUCCAGAUCGAGUUGUUCUUUUCUUCAUGUUGUUCUAAAGAACGGAUGAAUAAACUGCAAUUUCAGUCUAAGCAAGGUGUUUGUCAAGAGAGAUUUAGUAAUAAUGGCAACCUAAGAAUCUAACCAUAACAACCAAUAUUAACUUAAGCAAACACCAGGCUUUCAAAUAGCGACUUUUAAAUUUAAUGUCACUGCGUGCUAACCACAUCACCCCCUCGAGUGCAACGCACUACACUAAGAUUUCCUCCCGGUAUCAGCUCCAUUAUUUCUUAUGCUGUUUAAGAAAAUCGCGGGAAAUGGUAGUAAGAACAAGAUGUCCGGAAAAAACCGCAGGAAGGUCAAGACCAUGGCUCUCAUAGGAGUUUAGGCCUGAUUUUAAUGCCCUCCCUUAUAAUCUGCUUCUUCAAACUCUCGGUUUUCUCUUUCCUUGCCAGAUUCUUAUGUUUGUGAUUGCGUUUUGCUUUAACGAGCUGUUUAAGCCUUAUAACCAAACAUGUUAAAUUUAUGUUUAAAUCCAGACUGGACACUAUUCCUUCAGUUUUUGAGGUACGAGGAUCGGAGCUGCGAAUCGCUAUAAAAUGUACUUUUCUAUGUUUUAAUAAUUAAGACAAUAAAUUAAAAUUGUUUCCUCUUUGUUUAAGGUUCUGAUCUAUGCGGGCCUGCAAAUCCUUGCAAAAAUAAUGGUACAUGCUUACUACAGAACGGUGGCUUAUCUUUUGUGUGUAUUUGCCUAGACAAAUAUUACGGGAAAACCUGUGAAUGUAAGUCCUUGUUAGAUACACUAAACAAUAACCAUAAAAACGUAAACUUACACUUCAAUCGACCUUCAAUUUCAAAUUUAGGUUUACAAUAUUGUUUACCAUCAUCAAAGUGAAUUCAAAGAUUCAAGACAAUUCUCUAGCCUGAUAUUGUUAAUGAAAAAUCAUAUCCGGCAUACUUCAGUAAAACCCCGCUUUACAUAUUAUUUUGCAGUCUUCUUUUUUAAAGAUUAUUUUCUCAGUCAGACGUUAAUCUUUAAACGGUAGCUCAAUAUGUUCUCAUGUUUUUUGUUUUUGUUUUUUUUUUUAAAUUUUAGGCACCGAAUGUCUGUGCAACAAUCCAUGUUUAAAUAACGGAGUCUGCGUGGAUAUUUCCACCCACCUUGUUAAAUGCACUUGUCCUAGUGGUUUCACUGGGAACUUUUGCGAAGGUCAGUAAAAUCGGUUUACUCUUUAAACCAUAUGCUGACGACCACAAUACUUUUUGUAUGAUGUACUGCAGCUCCGAUAUAUGGCCACAGUUAUUGCUUCAGUGAUGACGUGUUUCACUGUGGACUAGCAAAGCCUUUACUUUCCAUAUUGACUUGCAAAUGCAUUUUCUCGCCCUGCCAACAGCUGUCAUUCCUACUGUUGGUCCAGGAGCAUGUCACUCGAAUCCCUGUGUGAAUAAAGGAACUUGUGUUGAUAGAGCGUUUGGGUCUUAUGACUGCAUCUGCACUCCUCGAUUUACCGGACCUCAUUGUGAAGGUAAAUGCAAUCACGGCGAACGUAACUGCCUUUAUUGCUAUGUUAAUCUGCUAUUUGUUUCAUGAUUAUCUACAAAAAUAAUCGUUAUUCAGAUAAAAGGAUCGAUUAACAUAAAUAUAGAAAUGCCUUUAAAUCACCUCCAAUUUCAAUUCCUUCUUCAUCUUCCACCGUAACUCAUCGCUUUAGCAUCAAAACUAUUCUUUAUUUUUAAGUACCUUAUUAUAGGAAAUUAACGCUCCAUGAAAUUAACGCGAAUCUUUAAAAUUCGCGUUCAUUUAAGUCGCGUUAAUUUUGUUGAGCGUUAAUUUCCGCGACGUUAAUUAAGUGCAGCGUUAAUUUCCGCGCUCUUAAUUUCUAGUAUUUUAAAGUGGCUCGACUGGUUUUUUUGGGGGGGAUACCUCCCAAGUUUGAGCAUUAACUACGUCGCCAUAAAUAAAGAUAUCGAAAAAACAUUACCACAAGUGUAUUAUAUAAAGAUGAAAAUUUCUUAGGAUCUGGGUUUUAUUGCAAUCGCAGUCGCCAUGACAACGUAAUGACGCCAUUACGUUUUUUAUUUAUCUUUGUGUUUCUCUGUACCGGGAGUUUUUUUUAAGAAAUCGCUUAAGGGAGUUUGUACCUGCCAUAAUUGAGGCAAGUAUGGCAAAGUUUGAACAAAUUCUGUGAGAGCGUUUUCGAGAUAUUUUGCGUUCAUUUCCUAUAAUAAGGUAUGUAGUUUAGGAUUUUCCAACGAAUACUUUUUUUUUACACAAAAAUUAACUCAGCAUUGCCCACAUAUAUUUUGCGUCAACGACUCAAAUCUUCCCGGAGAUUACGAGCCACUUAUAUUGUACAUUUAACUUGUCUCCUGUCAUUCCCUUCAGUUGAUAAAUGUGCAGACUGUGACACCAAUGCGGACUGUGUAAAUGGAAAAUGCCGAUGCAAGAUAGGUUAUGUUGGAACAGGAUACGCAUGCGUUAAAGGUAAUCUAGCUGCUACGAACUGAAGAUGAUGGACAAGAGAGUUCAUUGUGCAGGCGGGACAUGUCUCAGUACAAACUCUCUUAUAGGCUAAGGCCUAACGUUUAACUUUUCAUGAGAAGAACUAAACUGGGCGGGUUACGUUCAUGAGAAGUUCGAUUUCUGUAUCAGUUAAGUUUGCCUCAAUAAGCUUGGGUUGACCAUCACGUUCUAUCCAUCUGCUUCAGUUGGUAAUGUUGUAUGAUUGAUUUGAUACUCAAUUAGUUCUACGUAUGAUCCAACAGACAUUUAGGUCUACCCAAAUUACAAUUUGGUUCUUCUCAUGAAAAGUUUGACGUUUAAUUUUGGUUUUAUAGUGAGCAGUUAUAAGUUAUCAUUACUUCGUUCACUGCUAACUUUAGACAUAUUUCUCCUUGACAUGUCCCAUGAAAUUAAACCUCAUUAGGAGACUAUUGGGUAUAGCUCCAUGAAUGUUCCACUGUUGCUUCGGACCUUCGUAUGUAAGGUAUUUUUGUGCACGUACGCUGGCAAUCCCAACUGGCGGCCCUUUCUACGCCCCUGCUACGCGUAUCUCUAGCGUUUAUUACCUGGGCUUAGUUGCUGUUACGCAUCUCUGUGGCAUUUUUAUGCCGCAUGUCCUUCGUGUUUCAGUCCAGGUUUGCAUCACCGGGCAGUUGAUCCAAAAUUGAUGCACCAGCGCUCAUGGCGUGCCUCAAAAACUUAAGGAAAGGCUGUACGGUGCUAGCUAUAGAAAGGUAUUCUUACAUUAAGAAAAAUAGAAACUCUGAAACUACCAUUGCUAGUUUGCGGUCCAUUCCUUAGGGUCUCAAUUUUGAGGGAGAAAAAGAACAAACAAAUAUACAAACAACAACACUUUGAAUAACCGUGGACUUUUAAUUUCAGAUGAAAAAGAGAAAGAAUGCGAGGAGGUUGUGUGUCCCAUUACUCAACACUGCGUCCGAGGUGUUUGUGUAUGUCUACCAGGAAACUUUUGUUAACUGAGUAAAACUAUCCUGUGUUGGGCAGUUAUUUGUUAUCAUUUUGAGUAACGUUUCGUUUAACCUAAAGGCGUCCUAAAACGUUCUGUCGAACGUAAAAUGAAAGAGAGUCGAGCCUGACGGAUAAGUUAUAGCAUUAAUUGCAAAGGUUACCCUAAUACAAUACUUGUGUAUAUUAAUUAGAUCAGGAGACAGUAUUGGAUCAGUGACGUCAAAAGAGAUUGCUGCCAUUUUAGAUUUCACUGAUCGCUCAAAC